UAUAUUUCAUGCAACUACGUUUCUGCUGUUUCACUUGGUCCUGUUAUAAAUUCUUCUGGUGCUGAUGGUAACUCUGAUAAUUAUUUAGAGUCUGGUGCUAUUAUCUCUGAUACAUAUUUUGUAUUUGAUUCU